UACAAAGUACCAAAUAAGUUUUAUUAAAAAUACAGGGUACCAAACUUAUAUUUAGAUAAAAUACAAACUUUACUAGAGAUGGCCUAAAGAAUAUAAUACAAGUGGCCAAAUUCAACUCUUAAAAGUAAUAAAUUCUCGAAUAAUAUAAUAAGAUUUUCAAGAUUGAGAUUCCUUUCUAUGGCUACUACUCACUCGAGUUGGGCGGUGGUACAUAUAAGACUUUACUAAAAGGGCAUCAAACACUAUCACAUCACUUUCUCGACAUCUCUUAUACUGAAUGGUUUUCAAUGGCGGACGAAAAAUUUGAAUCCAAAUGGGAAGGAAAAUCUUCAGCCCAAUUGAAAGGCCUAACGGCAAAUCAAGUUUGGCCUUUCCUGGAGGAUUUUUGCAACUUCCACAAGUUGCACCAGGCGGUUGAUACGUGUUACCAAGUAGAUCAGGACCCAUCUGCCACAGUGGUCGCCGGAACUGGGCGAGGCCUGACCCGUUACUGCUCCUCCACAAGUACAUCACCGUCCGGCGAGUCGUCAGUGAUUUGGGCCAAAGAGAGGCUCGUAGAAAUGGAUCCAGCCCAAAGGCGUUUGACCUAUGAGGUGCUCGACAACAACGUUGGAUUUAAGAAGUGGGUGGCCACUUUCGAAGUUGUCCCUAUCGUCGAAGGCGGCGCGUGUGAGAUACAGUGGUCGUUCGUGGGAGAACCGCCAGAAGGUUGGAAUUAUGAAAGCUUGGUAACCUUCUAUGACUCUUCUCUCCAAUCCAUUUCUAAGAAAAUUGAACAAGCUUUGUUGAUGACCUCUUCUGUUUAGUGGGUAAAAUGAAGGCUAUUUUUUACUUUAAAUUACAAUAGAAUAAAAAAAGAUGGUCAUAUAUAUAUAUUUAAAUAUAUUUAAGGCCAAUUAUGUAAAACCUCAAUUGGUAUUAUGAGGGAUGCUAAACCACAAACAUUCUUAGCUGUUGGAUUGAUAAAGAGAGUGUUUUUUUGGUAUCCUAAGGCUGGUAUAUAUCCAUUUAAAAGUAAGGGUAUACAUUUUGUUAAAAUUGGUUAUUGCUCAAAAUUCAUCUCUAUUGUACUACCAUCUACAUUAAAAUAAUCAAUUAAAUUGGUAAAGUGUAU